CACAACUCCCGCGAUGACAAGUGAAAAUCGCAGACGAGUACUAAAGCACAGUAGCUUUGCUUGAUCGGAGCUAAAGACGUAAGACAGCUGUCAGUAGAGGGACCAAUAUAAGGGAUUCUUCGCACAAUUUAGCAGUAAAACACUCAUCACCACUGUGCCAUGGAGUUUCCAGAUCUCGGGGAGCACUGUUCCGAGAAGUCCUGUAAACGUCUGGAUUUUCUUCCAAUGAGAUGUGAUGCAUGUGAAGACAUUUUCUGCAAAGACCACAUAAGUUAUGCAAAUCACAAGUGCACUUCAUCAUAUAAAAAGGAUGUCCAGGUUCCUGUAUGUCCGUUGUGCAACACCCCCAUUCCCGUUAAAAGAGGGGAAAUGCCAGACAUCAAAGUUGGGGAGCACAUAGACAGAGAUUGCAAAUCUGACCCCGCUCAGAGAAAACGAAAGAUCUUUACAAAUAAAUGCUCCAAGGGUGGAUGUAAGCAAAAGGAAAUGAUCCGGCUGACAUGUGAUCAGUGCCACUUGAACUAUUGUCUCAAGCACAGACAUUCACUCGACCAUGACUGUAAGACUGACGGAAAGCCAGUCUCUAAGUCAGGACAUUCUGCUCUUAUGAGGGCUCAAGCGUCUUCCAGUACUGCUGCAGCUUCAUCCACUAGAGGGAGCUCUAGGACUAUGUCCAAUGGAGUAACUGGAUACACUAGACCUCAGAGCAGCAGUGCACAGAGGGCGAGUGCCGCAUCAUCUCCUGCAGUGACCCCUACAGCACAGAAUGUAAUUCCUGCCUCGGCAUCAUAUCAGGCCGGACUGACAGAGGAGCAGGCCCUCCAGAGAGCCUUAGAAAUGUCACUGGCUGAAUCUGCACCUCCAAGACAACCUACUCUAAGUCCUCAGGAGCAGGAGGAUCUGGCUCUUGCUCAGGCUCUGGCUGCUAGUGAAGAGGAAUACAGACGACAGCAGCAAAGACAACAGGUAGCCAGAAACCUUAGCGGUCAGUAGCAUGCUAUGCUAGCAGGACCUCAGCUAGGGAGGUGUUUCCAAGCAGUCUAGCUGCUGCCUAUCUUAAUGUGAGGUGGCACUGACUUGAACUUGAAUCUGCCUCAAUCUGCACAUGAGCACCAGUAAUGUACCCGUGAGCUGCACAUACCUGUAUAUUUUUCAGUCCAGCAUAUGAAGCUUCCAUUUCCCGAAUCAAUGCAUCUGAAGGCUUUUAUGUUGUUGUUUCUUCUGUUCUGCAUCACUUUUUGUUGUGCUUCUUAGAUUGCAAUUCUGCCAUUGUGGCAAGUGGUGCUUUACAUUAUGUAAAUAUUUUAUAUAGUAUCAUGAUAAUCUAUCACUCAAUAUAGAUGUCUUUUGAAAUAAAUUAUUUUAAAGUGUUUAUCUGAA